AUGUUGAUCCGUCGGACUAUAAACGAGAACAUCUGUACAGUGCCCGUCCCUGUCACAGCUGUCAACAAGAAUCUCUUUUCUUGCUACUCUCCUUCUCUCCCUGUUAGUAACACCCCAAUGUCGCUAGUACCUCCCACCCAGCCGUUGCCUCUCCCUCCUCCCCGCCGUCGCCUCUCCCUCCUCCCCGCCGUCGCCUCUCCCUCCUCCCCGCCGUCGCCUCUCUCUCCUCCCCGCCGUCGCCUCUCCCUCCUCCCCGCCGUCGCCGCUCCCUCCUCCCCGCCGUCGCCGCUUUCUCCUCCGCGCCGUCACCUCUCCCUCCUCCCCGUCGUCGCCUCUCCCUCCUCCCCGUCGUCGCCUCUCCCUCCUCCCCGCCGUCGCCGCUCCCUCCUCCCCGCCGUCGCCGCUCCCUCAUCUGCGCCGUCGCCUCUCCCUCCUCCCCGCCUUCGCCUCUCCCUCCUCCCCGCCGUCGCCUCUCCCUCCUCCCCGCCGUCGCCGCUCCCUCCUCCCCGCCUCGCCGCUUUCUCCUCCUCCGUCGCCUCUCCCUCCUCCCCGCCGUCUCCUCCGGCGACAGGUGCCCGGAGCGCAAGCGCGAGUUAG